AAAAAGUUGACAGUCGUUUUGACAGUUGUCAUUUUGCAGGAACCUCGUUAACGUUUUGAAACAAAAUCAACAAAAACACUAUGGAUGAAACGUUUGUGAUAUCAAUUUGUGACGACGACGACGACAACAAUAACAUCACUGAUGUGGCCCCAUCACUUGACGUCCCAAGAAAGCUUAUCAACAUUCCUGACGAGAAUGAAGAAACUCCAAUUUUCCACGCUGUUCGAUUACGAAAUUUAAAAGCCCUGCGAUCUUUAUACCUCAGUGGUGCAGACUUAAGCCACACCAACAAGCUGGAACAAUCCUUAUUGCACAUUUGUGAUGACAGAAUAAUUCUGGCACAACUUUUCAAAUACAACAUCAGCAACGUGAACAAACCUUCGAUAGAUGGAAGCACGCCAUUGCACAACGCUAUUUUUUUAUCAGACUACGACAUCGUGGAGUUAUUAUUAAAAAACAAAGCAAAAACGAACAUUACAGACGUCAAAAAACGUUCACCCCUUCAUUUGGCGGUUAUGAACGACUGCUACGAAAUAGCCGAACUGCUAAUAAACAGUGGAGCCGACGUGAAUGCGGCAGACGAGGAGAAACAAACUCCUUUGCACUAUGCGGUUCAAAUGAACCAGAAAAAUUUCGUGGACAUGUUAUUAAAGCACAAAGGGACGGUUAAGCAAACGGAUAUUGAUGGGUAUACACCUCUACAUGUUGCAGCUUGUAAGGGUAACAAACCAAUCAUCAAAAUGUUGUUGAACAGAUAUCCUAAAGGGUUGCAUCUUGUUACUUACCAAGGGGAUACUCCGUUGGAUUUAGCAGAGAGAUUUAACAAAAUGAAAGAAAUGAAUUUGGUUAUGCAGGAAUUAGGAAUGAAGAGUUUGAAGGUUGUCUGUGAUAAAGAAAAAGUGAACACAAUUAAGGGUUUCCUCAAUUAAAUCUUAAUUUUAAAAUUUUCAGGUUAUUUAUAAAUAUUUUCUCAUGUUUAGCAGGUCUAUGUUUAACUAAUUUUCUACGUUUUUGUAUGUUAUAAUUGUUACAUUUUUAUCAUAAUAUUUAAUGUGAGUAAAUCUUUUUUAAUAAUUACUUUUAAUACGUGUUAUAUAUGUUAUUUACAAAAAUUUUUAAUAAAUUAAAGUUAUAUAUUUUAA